AUGAAUAAAACUAUUAACAUCGAGCUGUUAUUUCCCAAAAAAACAAAUUCUUCACGAAGUCAUCCUCUGCACGUAGAGUUUCGGUGUGAAGAAUGCUAUGUGCAAAGCACUAGAGAUUUUCUUGUAGAAAAUGUAGCCGGUCCCACACAUCACUUGUCAACCUGUGAACGAAAAAAAAUGCCAUCAUUAGCGCACUCUAAAGUCACAAGAAUGUGUAAUUACAUCUGUAUUCUAAAGCAUAAUGAAAAAAAAUUAAUUAUCGGGCUGCUACUUCCCAAAAAACUAAUUAAUCACGCAGUAUUCCCCUGUACAAUAUGUCACCGCUCCCACACAUCUCUUGUCAACCUGCUAACGAAAGAAAAUGUAAACCCUAGCGCACUCCAAAGUCACCAGAAUGUCUCUCCAAAGUCACCAGAAUGUGUAAUUUUAUCUGUGUUAUUAAACCAUAGUGAAAAAAAAUUAAAACAUCGAGCUGUUAUUUACAAAAAAAACUUAUUAUUCACGCAGUCAUACACUAUACUUCGGUGUGAAGAAUGCUAUGUGCACAGCACUAGCGAUUUUCUUCAGGAAUAUGUCGCCGCUCCCAACACAUCUCUUGUCAACCUGCGAAUGAAGGAAAAUGCAAUCAUUAGCGCAAUCCAAAGACAACAGAAUGAUCAUCCCCUGUACGUGGAUACAUUCGGUGUGAAGAAUGCUAUGUGCAAAGCACUAGCGAUUUUCUUACAUCGAGCUGCUACUUCACAAAAAACUAAUUAUGCACGCAGUCAUACCCUCUUGAUGAAAAAUAUUUAUACAUCGAGCUGUUACUUCCCGAACACUAAUUAUACACGCAGUCAUCCCCUGUACAUAGAUACACUUGUGAAAAACAUUAAGACAUCGUGCUGUUACUUACCAAAAAACUUAUUAUUCAUGCAGUCGUCCACUGUACGUAUAUACAUUCGGUGUGAAGAAUGCUAUCUGCACAGCACUAGCGAUUUUCUUCAUUAUGAAAAUAAUUUAAACAUCGAGCUGCUACUUCCCAAAAAACUAAUUAUACACGCGGUCAUACCCUGGAAUAAUAUGAAUCAGAUUUUGUACACUGGGUCGAACACUUCAAAUGGGACUCUGCUUGGUAAACAGGACUUCAAACACAAGAAUUUGGCUGCAACAUACACUAAACAAGCUCAUAUUUGGGAUACCAAUAAUGACUUGCUAUUAUCCACAGAGAACUACUUAGGUAACACUUCACUACCACUUGACAGCCAUUUCAUGGUCAGUAUAAAGUGUACAGAAAGUACUCUUGGUUGUAUCUCAAAUGUUCGUAGCAAUGAACAAACUCAGAUGGGGAAACGUCCAUACAAGUGCGCCACCUGUAACAAGGCAUUUUCUCUAUCCUUAAUUCUCCAUAACCAUGAGCGAGUUCACACAGGGGAACGUUCGCACAAGGGCGCCGCCUGUAACAAGACAUUCUCUGAUGCCUCAAAUCUCCGUAGGCAUGAGCGAAUUCACACAGGGGAACAUCCAUACGCGUGCACCACUUGUAACAAGGCAAUCUCUCAAUCCUCAAAUCUCCAUAGGCAUGAGCGAAUUCACACAGGGGAACAUCCAUACAAGUGCACCACCUGUAACAAGGCAUUCUCUCAAGUCUCGUAUCUCCAUAUCCAUGAGCGAAUUCACACAGGGGAACGUCCAUACAAGGGCGGCAUCUGUAACAAGGCAUGCUCUCUAGCUUCAAAUCUCCGUAGCCAUGAGCGUAUUCACACAGGGGAACGUCCACACAAGUGCGCCACCUGUAACAAGGCACUCUCUGUAGCUUCAUAUCUCCGUAGCCAUGAGCGAAUUCACGUAGGGGAACGUCCAUACAAGUGCACCACCUGUAACAAAGCAUUCUCUCAAACCUCAGUUCUCCUUAGGCAUGAGCGAAUUCACACAGGGGAACGUCCAUAUAAGUGCACCACCUGUAACAAGGCAUUCUCUCAAGCCUCAAUUCUCCAUAGGCAUGAGCAAAUUCACACAGGGGAACAUCCAUACAAGUGCACCACCUGUAGCAAGGCAUUCUCUCAAGCCUCAUAUCUCCAUAGCCAUGAGCGAAUUCACACAGGGGAGUGGCCAUACAAGUACAUCACCUGUAACAAGGCAUUCUGUCAAGCCUCAGUUCUCCAUAGCCAUGAGCGAGUUCACACAGGGGAACUGCCAUUCAAGUGCGUCAGCUGUAACAAGGCAUUCUCUCAAGCCUCAGUUCUCCAUAGCCAUGAGCGAAUUCACACAGGGGAACGUCCAUACAAGUGCACCACCUGUAAGAAGGCAUUCUCCAGUGCAGCAUAUCGGAAUCGAAAUCUGUCAUACUGCUGGAGACGAUGCAUGCCUUCCAAAGGUACCACUGCAAUCGAACUUAUAGAAGAAGACCUAGGCAAGAACAAUAACAGUACUAGUAGCACUGACUUGAGGCAUGAUACAACAAAGAACUCUGCUUCUAAAAUAGGGAAUAAUAUGAAUCAGGUUUUGUACACUGGGUCGAUCACUUCCAGUGAGACUCUGCUUGGUAAACAGAACUUCAAACACAAGAAUUUGGCUGCAACAUGCACUAAACAUGAUAAUAUUUGGGAUAGCAAGAAUGACUUGCUAUUAUCCACAGAGAACGACUUAGAUAACACUUCACUACCACUUGACAGUCAUUUCAUGGUCAGUAUAAAGUGUACAGAAAAUACUAAUGGUUGUAUCUCAAAUGUUCAUAGCAAUGAACAAACUCAGAUGGGGGAACGUCCAUACAAGUGCGCCACCUGUAACAAGGCAUUUUCUCUAGCCUCAAUUCUCAAUAACCAUGAGCGAGUUCACACAAGGGAACGUUCGCACAAGUGCACCACCUGUAACAAGGCAUUCUCUUAUGCCUCAAAUCUCCGUAGGCAUGAGCCAAUUCACACAGGGGAACAUCCAUACACAUGCACCACUUGUAACAAGGCAUUCUCUCAAUCCUCAAAUCUCCAUAGGCAUGAGCGAAUUCACACAGGGGAACAUCUAUACAAGUGCACCACCUGUAACAAGGCAUUCUCUCAAGUCUCAUAUCUCCAUAUCCAUGAGCGAAUUCACACAGGGGAAUGUCCAUACAAGUGCACCAGCUGUAACAAGGCAUUCUCUAAAGCCUCAUAUCUCCAUAUCCAUAAGCGAAUUCACACAGGGGAACGUCCAUACAAGUGCGCCACCUGUAACAAGGCAUUCUCUCAAGCCUCAAUUCUUCACAGCCAUGAGCGAAUUCACACAGGGGAACGUCCAUACAAGUGCGGCAUCUGUAACAAGGCAUGCUCUCUAGCUUCAAAUCUCCGUAGCCAUGAGCGUAUUCACACAGGGGAACGUCCAUACAAGUGUAACACCUGUAACAAGGCAUUCUCUCCAGCUUCUUAUCUCCGUAGCCAUGAGCGAAUUCACACAGGGGAACGUCCAUACAAGUGCACCAUCUGUAACAAGGCAUUCUCUCGAGCCGCAAAUCUCCAUAGGCAUGAGCAAAAUCACACAGGGGAAUGUUCAUCCAAAUCCACCACCUGUAAGAAGCCUUUUUUGUAA